CACUCAACGAAAUGCUUCACAAGAUAAAAAAAAUAAAAAAAAGAAAUCUAUCAAAGCCUCCAGGAGUGAUCAGGACCAUAAUGAAUCAUUCAAAGAGUCUAUAAACAUCAAUGUCUUCAAAGAGGAGCUGGGCAAUGAAUUGCGAAACUCGUUUGUCAAUGACCUAAAGGAGCUGGGCAAUGAAUUACGAGACUCGUUUGUUAAUGUUUCAAAAGAGGCGCUAAGCCAUCUCAAUGACUCGAAAAAGGAGCUGUGCAAUGAAAUACCAAACUCGUUGAGGGAAUUUAAGGAAGAUUUGAAGAAAGAAAUGAGAGAGGAUGCAAGGGAGAUGAAAAAAAUACGAGAUUCGGAGUUUAAGGAAAAUUUGAAGAAAGAAGCAAGAGAGGAAGUUGCAAGUAAAUUGAAUGAUAGUGGUAGUGAAAAGAAUAACGAGAAUGUCGGUGAUAAUGAUAAUGAUAAUGAAAAAAAUAAUGAUAUUGAUGAUGAAAAAAAUAAUGCUUUUGAUAAUGAAAAAAAUAAAAAUAGCAAUAAUGAAAUGAAUAUUGAUAGUGAUCACGAAAAGAACAUUGAUAGUGGUCACGAAAAGAAUAUUGAUAGUGGUCACGAAAAGAACAUUGAUAAGGAAUCAGACUCAUCAUCCUCAGAGGAAUCAGACAAUGAUAAUGAAAAAAAUAAUGAUAUUGAUGAUGAAAAAAAUAAUGCUUUUGAUAAUGAAAAAAAUAAAAAUAGUAAUAAUGAAAUGAAUAUUGAUA